AUGGAACAAGAACAUCAUCAACAAGAACAAGAACCAUUAAUCUACAAUCUCCCUCACGACACACUUCUCAAAAUCUUCUCCUCUUUACCCCUCCGUCAAAUCAUCCUCUGCCGUUCCCUUUCCAAAUUCUUCAACCAACUCCUCACCACACCCACCUUCCUCCACCACAUCUCCGCCACUCUUCCACCACUCAACCUCCUUGCCCUCCGCCACCACAACCACCACAGCCACCACCAAAACCCCUCCACCGUCCACCUCUUCGAUCCUGACCUAAAUCAAUGGCUUCAUUUUCCUCUUAAUUUUCUCCCUUUCUCUAAUCCUCUCCCUGUCGCUUCCUCUCACGGACUCAUUUACCUUUGGGCCCAGCCCAAUAACACAAGCCCAAUUUCACAAGCCCAAGCCCAAACUAAAUCAUUACUCGCUUGCAAUCCACUAACCCGCAAAUUCCGAAUCCUUCCUCAAUUAGGAUCCGCUUGGUGUCGACACGGCUCGGUGUUAGUUGACUCAGUCAACCGAGUCAUGGUUCUAACUGAACUCGCCGCUUUAUAUUUCUCCGGCCACGACGGUGGAGGCGGUGGAAACGGUGGUUGCUGGCUGAAAUUCUCGUCGAAUCUUCCAUCAAAGCCGCGGAGUCCGGUUCUGAUUGAGGAUUCUGCUUACGCGCUUUGCUGCGAUGACGUUGGAUCUCCUUGGAGGAGUCAAUGGAAGCUAUUCUCGUGCCGAUUUACUUCGACGAGUUCGGUGAAGUGGUCAAGAGUAGAUCGGCGGGAGUGGGGAGAUGUUUUUGAUAUACUGAAACGGCCUAGGCUUGUUCGCGGAGUUGGGAACCGGAUCUUGAUGAUUGGGGGAUUGAAGUCAUCGUUUUCGUUGAAUUCUCCGUGUUCGACGAUUUUGAUUUUGAGGCUUGAUGUUGGGACGAUGGAGUGGGAUGAAGCUGGGAGGAUGCCGGUGGAGAUGUUUAGGUGUUUUCAGGAUGCUGGGAAGUUUAAGGUUUUUGGUGCGGGGGAUAGGGUUUGCUUCUCGGCUAAGAGGAUUGGGAAAGUGGCGCUUUGGGAUCGUGGUGCGGUGGCAGAGGGUGGAGAGUGGCGGUGGAUCGUUAAUGUGCCGGGAAAUGGUGAUGGAGUCUACCGGGGAUUUGUGUUUGAAGGGAGGCUUGAUGCAUUGCCUUGA